AUCGUUUAUAGAAUUGCUUAUUCCUUCCCGAGGAUUCAACCUCGUCAAAUACUUGUUCUUGUUGAGUGUGAAAUUGAUAUCCAGCAGUGCUUGCAAAAUUGGAGAGAAAAAGGUUACACAGUAACUGGUACAGUCAGUGAUGCCACGGUUCCGGUUGAUAGAAAGAAGUUAAUCAAGACUAUUUCAUCUGUUUUUGGUGACAAACUCAACAUCCUUGUUAAUAAUGUUGGAGGAGCUGUGUACAAAGAUACCGUGGAUUACACAGAUGAGGAUCACGCAAAAGUUAUGGCUAUCAACUUCGACUCUGGAUACUAUUUAUCAAAACUAGCACACCCUCUCUUGAAAGCAUCUGGUUCAGGAAGCAUUGUCUUCAUUACAUCUGUUGGUGGCAUUGCUGCUGCACCAAAGGUGUCCAAUUAUGCGGCAUGCAACGGAGCUAUUCAUCAAAUCACAAAGAACUUUUCUUUUGAAUGGGCGAAAGAUAAGAUUCGGGUCAAUAGUGUAGCACCAUGGUUUAUUAGAACCGGGCUUGUAGAACAUAAUCUGCUAGUAGAAAGGGUUGAAGACUAUAUCAUAGCCAGAACUCCUAUGAGGCGUCUUGGGGACCCAAAUGAGGUUUCAUCUCUUGUGGCAUUCUUAUGCCUUCCUAGUGCUUCAUACAUCACUGGCCAAGUCAUCUGUGUCGACGGUGGAUUUACAGUAAAUGGUUUCUUUCCGACACAAGAUUGA